CUUUCCUUUUGUCCCUGCAGGAUGAGGAUGUCUGGGAUCUGUUCGGAGGAAGUGGCCAUGCUGCGAGUAACUCACCCACCCACCUUCCCAGUGAGCUUUCAGCUCCUGAGCCUUGUGCUGGUGUUGCUCUUCCAUGCAGAUGGUAUACACGCGGAGAGCCCCAGUGAACUGCCAGGGAACGACACCGAGGAGUGCGCUGGCUCGUACAUCUGCAAAAAGGGUGUGAUUUUGCCAAUAUGGGAACCUCAAGACCCCUCAUUUGGUGACAAAAUCGCUCGGGCAACGGUGUAUUUUGUAGCGAUGGUGUAUAUGUUCCUGGGAGUUUCUAUCAUAGCUGACCGCUUCAUGUCCUCCAUCGAAGUCAUUACAUCCCAAGAGCGAGAAAUAACCAUCAAGAAGCCCAAUGGCGAGACCAGCAAAACCACUGUGAGGAUCUGGAACGAGACUGUUUCCAAUCUCACACUGAUGGCCUUGGGCUCGUCCGCCCCUGAGAUUCUCCUGUCUGUCAUCGAAGUCUGCGGCCAUGGCUUCACAGCAGGGGACCUGGGGCCAAGCACCAUUGUGGGAAGUGCUGCCUUUAACAUGUUUGUCAUCAUUGCAAUAUGUGUGUACGUGGUUCCAGAUGGAGAGAUAAGGAAGAUCAAGCACUUGCGAGUGUUUUUUGUUACGGCGGCCUGGAGCAUCUUUGCCUACACUUGGCUUUACAUUAUUUUAUCUGUGUCUUCACCUGGGAUUGUGGAGGUUUGGGAAGGCUUGCUCACCUUCUUCUUCUUUCCCAUCUGUGUGGUGUUUGCCUGGAUAGCUGACAGGAGGCUUUUGUUUUACAAGUACGUCUACAAGAAAUACCGAGCUGGCAAGCAGAGAGGCAUGAUCAUAGAGCAUGAAGGUGACCGGCCCUCCUCCAAGGCUGAUAUUGAGAUGGACGGAAAGGUUGCUAAUUCUCAUGUGGAGAACUUUUUGGAUGGGACACUGGUGUUGGAAGUGGACGAGAAAGAUCAGGAUGAUGAGGAAGCCAGAAGGGAAAUGGCUCGGAUCUUGAAGGAGCUGAAACAAAAGCACCCAGACAAGGAAAUCGAACAGCUUAUAGAGCUGGCCAACUACCAGGUCCUGAGCCAGCAACAGAAGAGCAGGGCCUUUUACCGCAUCCAGGCCACUCGGCUCAUGACCGGAGCUGGCAACAUCUUGAAGAGACACGCUGCAGACCAGGCCCGCAAAGCUGUCAGCAUGCACGAGGUCAACAGUGAGGUGACCGAAAAUGAUCCCAUCAGCAAGCUCUAUUUUGAGCAGGGUACCUACCAGUGUUUGGAGAACUGCGGCACUGUGGCCCUGACCAUCAUUCGCCGGGGAGGCGACUUGACCAACACAGUGUACGUUGACUUCCGGACAGAGGACGGAACGGCUAAUGCCGGCUCCGACUACGAGUUCACUGAAGGGACAGUGGUCUUCAAGCCUGGAGAGACCCAGAAGGAAAUCCGUGUUGGCAUAAUCGAUGAUGACAUAUUUGAGGAGGACGAGAAUUUCCUGGUACAUCUCAGCAAUGUCCGUGUGAGCACUGAGGCCUCAGAUGAGGGCGUUCCUGAGGCCAGUCGUGUCUCAACACUCGCCUGCUUGGGAUCACCGUCUACUGCCACUGUCACCAUUUUUGAUGAUGACCAUGCUGGUAUCUUCACCUUUGAGGAGCCAGUAACACACAUCAGUGAAAGUGUAGGAACCAUGGAAGUGAAAGUGUUGCGAACCUCUGGUGCACGAGGAAAUGUUAUUGUGCCCUACAAAACCAUUGAAGGCUCAGCCAAAGGUGGAGGAGAGGACUUCGAAGACACCUGUGGGGAGCUGGAGUUCCAGAAUGAUGAGAUAGUGAAAUUCAUUACCCUUAGAGUACUUGACCGUGAGGAGUAUGAGAAAGAGUGCAGUUUCUUCCUUGUGCUUGGGGAACCGGUGUGGCUACGACGAGGAGUGAAAGCCCUGUUGUUGAAUGAGCUUGGUGGCUUCACCAUCACAGAGGAGAAUGAGGAAAAGCAGCCACUGACCAGCAAGGAGGAGGAGGAGCGUCGCAUCGCAGAGCUGGGGCGCCCAGUCCUGGGGGAGCACACCAAACUCGAAAUCAUCAUUGAGGAAUCCUACGAGUUCAAGAACACAGUGGACAAGCUCAUUAAGAAGACAAACCUGGCCCUGGUGGUUGGCACAAACAGCUGGAGGGAGCAGUUUAUUGAGGCUAUUACUGUCAGCGCGGGGGAAGAUGACGACGACGAUGAAUGUGGGGAGGAGAAGCUGCCCUCCUGCUUUGACUAUGUGAUGCACUUUCUGACCGUCUUCUGGAAGGUCCUUUUUGCCUUCGUGCCCCCAACAGACUACUGGAAUGGCUGGGCUUGCUUUGUUGUCUCCAUCCUCAUGAUCGGCCUCCUGACAGCUUUCAUUGGCGACCUGGCAUCCCACUUUGGCUGCACCAUCGGCCUGAAGGACUCGGUCACCGCCGUCGUAUUUGUCGCACUGGGGACAUCGGUGCCAGACACAUUUGCCAGCAAAGUAGCAGCAACGCAGGACCAGUACGCAGACGCCUCCAUCGGGAAUGUCACCGGGAGCAAUGCUGUGAACGUUUUCCUGGGAAUUGGGGUAGCCUGGUCCAUCGCAGCCAUCUACCACGCGGCGCACGGACAAGCAUUCCAAGUCUCACCUGGCACACUGGCCUUCUCCGUCACCCUCUUCACCAUUUUUGCUUUCAUCAGCGUGGGUGUGCUGCUGUACCGGCGGAGACCCGAGAUUGGAGGUGAGCUGGGCGGGCCGCGGACUUCCAAGCUGCUCACAUCCUCACUGUUUAUCCUCCUCUGGCUCUUGUACAUAUUCUUCUCAUCUCUGGAAGCCUACUGCCACAUAAAGGGCUUCUAAAGGGACAAUAAGAGAUAGCAAAUAUAUGUAUAUCUAUAUAUAUCUAUAUAGAGUGAUAUAUAGGUAUAGAUAUAGAUAUAAAGCUGUGUAUAAUGAACAGAGAAAAAGAAUAAAAGAAAGUUGCCAUGUUCACACACCUGCUGGUGGAAAGCGGCUUUGGAGCAUCCUUUGAACUAGGCAGGACCCCAAAGCCAGCAGGACCCCUCCCCAGGCAGUGGCCCCAGCCAGGAGCCAGCAGCAGGGCCCUUUCUGCAACUCUACCAACAGGAGCAGCUGAUGGCCACCGAGCCCCUUUCCACCGCUGACUCCCGCCCACCAGCCACCUGGGAAGAUGGAUAUGAAGGUGACCGGGGUGCAUCGCUAAUUAGGAGGGCCAGGGUAGCUGGUGAGAAACAGAGCAGUGGGUGAGGGAAGGAGAGGAAAGCAAGGGUUCUGAUCUCCAACUGCCAUCCACCUGCCGUCGCCACUCGAGAACAUCCCCUCUGGCCCCGUUGGAGAGAAAGCAAGAGACCAAACUGAAGGCAAAGGAGAAACUGGGAGCUUUCUAAGGAUAGAACACAAACCGUUCUCGUCAUUGAUUUGGGGUUGGUUUUUUUGUUUUGUUUUGGAGUGUGUACAACUAGCAUUUCCCACCCACAUGCCCCUCACCUUUCCCUCUCCAUGCUUUGGGGAUGCAGAGCUGCAACCUCAUGUCCAGUGUCCUAAGCCGAGGCUGCGUGGGGGUGGUGGGGGUUUUCUUCCCGCUUCCUCCACCUCCUCGGGCAUGCUGUCGUGGUACUUGUAACAUUUGCAUGAAUGAAAUGAAAUCUAUCUGUAUAUAGCAACCUAUAGCGAUAGUCCUUCCAGCUGUGGGGGGUUGAGCAUUGCAGAUACAAGCGUUUUUCUUUUCACUGGGUUUUUAUUUAUUUUUAACUAGUUUGGUUUUGCCAUGGGGUUUUUCGCUUGUUUGUUCGUUUCCUCUUAGCGGGGGUAAAAGGACGGAAAGCUGUCCCCACUUAUUGCUUGUUGCAUGGGUCCAUGAGAAGCAAUAACAGCCAUGAGAUGUAGGUUUUCAGGGGAGGAAAACCCAAACCCCAGAGACUGCAGGCUCUGCCUACCUGUGUGGCUGGGGUCCUCUGACGUGCUGAAGCCAACGUGAAGGCUUCCACUAUCCACACAAGGUUUUACACGAGGUCCCAGGGAGCCCGAGUGGGAUGAGCAGUCCAAGAGGGACAAGUGUGGCUGAAUCCCAGAAUUUCCCAUGCUUUUCUGCCUUUAUAGUCGGUGGCUGCCUCAAAACCCCUUGGUCCCCUGCUGUUCCCUGUAUCCCCAGAGGUCUAGUGAUAGCCCCUGUUUCUGAGUGUUAAGCCAUCAGGACCAGUCCACAAAGCUGGUCCUUUCCCACAGCCAUUUGGAGGCAGAGUAAUUCAACACAAGGGCUGAAGGGCCAUAAAGAGAUCUCCCACUCUGCAGAGUGCAACUGGGAAGCGUGCCCUACAGGAAAAGGCCACACUUUGCACUCUCCGAAUCCGAAAUUGCUGGGAAGGAUUGAGACAGGGAGGUGUAACCCAGCAUCCCCCCCCCCAUGCUUCUAGUGCAGGUUGGGGUAGAGAGCCGAGCAGAGAAGGAGACAUUGUGCACUGGUGUUGAGAGAUGUCUUCUUACCCUAUGCCCUUUGCCAGGUUUCCUGACAUUCCAGCCAGCAAACUCCCAGCCUGCAUGUCUGUGGUGAGCUCUUCCCAUUCAGCUGAAAACCAUGUCUGAUGCUUGUACCAUGACUAGCUGGCUGGGGGUAUUUGUACUCAUUUUGAACUAUCUGUGGAAAUUUUAAUGGAUCUGCUGUGAGAUUUUCUCUAGGAAUAUGAGGUUGUGGAGUUUUUUUCCUUGAGCUGUUUUUUUCACUUUUGAUUGGGUUAGGGGUUUUUCUUUUUGUUUUUCAUUGUUUUGGGGGGAGAAUCAAACACAGGUGCAGGUUGUUCAGGUUUAUGAUUACCUUUAUGUACAAUGAUUUCAUUUUCAUCUGUUUGGCUUCAUUUUUUUAGUUUGUGUGUAUUGCCCACCACUAUAGGCAGUGAGUCCACUAAUUGUGAUGAUCCUUAUCAAUGGUACACAAUGCACAGAGAAAUAAAGUUUGUAAUGAUUCCUGAUGGAUCCAGUACUGCUCCUGCAUAUUCUCUAUGGAAAACCCUUCUCUCCCCUCCAAUUGUUUUCCCCUUUGUACCCAUCUUUCCUUUACUCAUUAGUUUGCAUUCACCGUGUUUCUGCCACUGACAGGGGUAGUGGUGCUUUGCACACCUUCUCCUGCCCCAUCUCACACCUUUCCUCCUGCUCCAUCUCCAUGGUGCCUCAGGCUCAGUAUGCUGCCAUACAUCUGGGGCUCACAGCCCACUCCACCCUCAGGGGGAUGCAGGAAACCACCCAGGGACAAAGUUGCAGUGCAACCCACCCUUCCGGGUGCAGGAGUUGCUCCUGUGCUGGGUCCCUAAUCAGUGCUGAGUCGUCCUAGGCUUGAGGACAGCCGUGCAUGUGCCCCCAGGGUGCUUAGCAGCUCUUUCUGCUCAUGUCUUCUAGUUACAUGGAGCUGCUCAUGCUGUUGCUACAGCCUCACAGUGACUUGCUUCAGGUUAAGCCAUGAGCUAAUUCUAAGGGAGGAUGCAUUUCUAGGGCAGGGUGCCAAAGCAGAUCUGAGACACGCCAUGAGGUCACCAAGUACACCAGGACGCUGGGCUGCUCUCAGCAGCUGCUUGACCAUGCCCCUGUCCAGGUGCCAUGGGCCAUUUCAGACCCAGCUCAGCCAGCACUGAGGAGGAGAAAACUCUCUGCAUGCCCAGGGAUGUUGCUGCUGCCUGUGUUUCAUGCAGCCUCUGUUGAGUUGCCCCCAAAUAAAACCUCCCCACGAUGCCUGGGAGGUCCUGCUCCAACAGCUGAACUCAAACACCAGCUGAACUCAAACACCAUCUGAACCCAGUCUGGAGAUGGGUCCCAGGCAAGCACUGCCUUCAUCUAGUGGGGCUCUCCUUGAGCCUCCUGGUGAGGUGUGUGUGCUCCCAGGGUCCUGCCCACGCUCCUGCCUGUCUGCCAAGCAAAGUCAGGAUGGGGGCUGCACAGCCAGUCAGAAUGCCACCAACAGCAGUGACUGACUCUCAAACUCCAGGCUAGACACCUGCCACCAGGCAAAAAGAGGAAGGGUAGGAUGUGGCUGAUUUUGUUGCAGCAUGACCAUGUGUGUAGAGGCCCAGAGGCACUAGAAUUCCCACCUGCCAGUGCAAGGGGAUGUGUGGCAGAGCAAGUAACUAACACACCCUGGCAGCCAAAGGAUCUAACAUGAUCCCUGGGCUGCUCUCAGAUGAAUCUGGCCCUUCCCCACACCCUAUGCUGCUUUUGGCCAGCCAUGCUGCUGCUUCAUUCUCCCUGUGGGCACUCAUCACCCUCCCAGAUGAGUGAGUCAAACUCCUCCACUCCCCAGGCCACCUCGAGCAUGGCCAGUCACGUUUAUUGCUUUUCACAGGCAGUGGAUUGUGAAAGCAAAGCAGCUCUUCUGACCCAAUAAUUACUUCCAUUGAAAGGUGAUGUUGGUGUUUUGCUCUCAUCAUUUGCUUCUUCAGAAUGAAUUGUAGUCACUGAAGUAAUUAACAAGCCAAAUGGGACUUGUGUAGCCACUCAGGUUAACAGACAGUAAAUAACUGUUUGCUCACAGAGCUUUACAAAGGGAAUGAUGGAGCAGUGCUUGCUUAGGGCAAGGCCUAAAUCACAGGGUAAACACCAGCCCUGUUUAUGCAAUUACUCCCUGCCAGCUGUGUGCUUUGUGGCAUCUUCAACGAGGUUAUGCACAGCGCAAUGUGUGUGUGCCCAGUGCUCAUGGAGGAGUCACGGGUGAGCAGCAAGGGGAAGGACCUCUCCACUGAGCCCCAGACACCUGCCAGUGUUCUUAAGGGUGCCAUGCCUGCUCUUCUGCACCAGCCUUGUCUUUAAACCAUACUCUCCGAAGGCAAAAGCAAACUGCCUUCCUCCAGAAGACACCUGGGCUGGCUGGCACACUGCUGGGAGGCAGCAGGAGGAAGCACAGUCCCAGCACAGGCACCUCUUGCUGUCGUGCCUGCUCGCCUGCCCAGUGGGCCACAGCUCAGCUCCCCGGGUCCCCUGACUCAUGUCAGUGUUCUCACAUCUCCUCCUCAUUCCUGCCAGCCUUCCCACCCUCUCUCACAAGGGAAGGACGUGGAGCAUCUCUGAUAAAGGCCUGGGUUCAGAAAUGUUGCCAGAAACAGCGGUUUAAACUCUUGGCCUCCAUCUAUCCACUUGCCCUGUUUGCUUUCACUGCCUUUCGGCACCCCACUAGCCAAAGGUAAACUUUUCCCCAGAAAAGGAUGCAGCGUGGUGCAAAGAACAUUCAGAGGCAGACACCCAAAUAGCUCCACAGGCCACUGCAAAGCACUUGGGGACAAGCAGAAGGAACACACCAGAGACAGCCCUAAGCAUCUUGGAAAAACCGUAUUCCCAGCUCUUCAGGAGUGGAGGCAAAUUCCAGCCACAAACUGAACACAUGAAAAAAGUGGGGGGGGAAAAAAAAAAAAAAAAGAGCAGCAAAUCAUCAGUGACUCAAGGCUGAGCCCACCCGAACUGCUACCUGUGCCAGGGCAGCACAGGAGCCGCUCCCUCCAGAGAUGUGAAUCCCUCAUCUCCAAACAAGGCACCUGCCUGUGUGUCACCCCUUCCCAGGCAGCCUGUGGUGCCUCUGGGAUGAGGGGCAAUCACAAGAGUCAUUUGUGCAUCUUCCUCCCCGCUCUCAUCGCUCCCUUAAACGACAAAAGGGAGAAGGGAAGCCUUGAGCCCGCUCUGGUCACGAGUCUGACUGCAGUCUGUAAACUCAUCAGGCUAUUUCUGCUACGGGCAGGGACUGGAGAACCAGAGCCCAUAUGUUAUUGUUACAGCUAUUUUUAAAUGCUUGGGUAAGAGUCAAGUGCAACAGUAUUGGUGACCAUAUUCAUAACUCAGGAGGAGACUCAGCUACAUUCCUGGAGGGACAGAGCUGGGCAUAGCCAGAAAGCAAUGGAGAGAGAGAAAAGAGGGAAAACUUAAUGCUGGAUGGUGUCACUCCAGGAGAAAGCCUUGAAUUGUUUUCCGUAGGCUUUGGCACUCAAGCCCAUCUGGGGAAGCACGUUUGCAGAGCACCAGGGACCUUUCUGGCCUCUCUGAGUGUGCAAUGACCAGCUACUGUGACGCUUAUACAGACAAGCUGCACAGCUGUAGAAAAGCCUGUUUAUCUUGUAAAAAAAUUGACUUGCAUAGGAAAGCAUCCGGAGACAUCCGUAUUCUUGCAAAAAGCACCAAGGGACAAUAAAUGCAGUGAGAUUCCUCACCUUUUAUGGACUUGAGCCUUUCUGCUUUUGGAACUAGAGGUGCCAAAGAGCCUCUUGCCAGCCAGCAACACCCCUCACCGAGAGAGAAGGGACACUGCAAGGGAAAAGGACCUGUUUGGCCGAACAGGAGCUGUUAACAGCAAAGACAGAAACUUGCUGCUACUGGAAGGAUUCUGUGGUAUGCUCCUGAGAGCAUCCAAGAAGUCUCCGCAGGGUCUUGCUGUCUCUCUGGAGCAUCUCAAGAACAACCAGCCCUGCCCUCUGAGGCCCAGUGUCCCCAGGGUGGUUUACCGCCCUCUCCUGCAGGCUCUGCACCCUCCCUUGGCUCCUUCCCCCUUCCCAAAGCUGGCUGCCAGGCUGUGUCUCCCCUCACUAGAAGUGUGGAAGAGGGCACUGGGGUGCACCCUGUUCCCAAAGCAGCUGCUGUGGAGCGCUGCUGAGCAGUGGAGCUGGGUGCUGCUGGUGGGGUGCCCACUGUUAGAGAGCACAGGGAGGGCAGAAGUGCUGUGGGGUCCCACACAGAUCCGGAAACCUUGUUUUAGGCACUGUCACAGCAUGUCCCUCUGCCCCAGCUACUGUGGGUGUGGACAUGCAUCUUGAUUUCUGCACAGAUACAGUACAGCCUUUAGCUUGGCUGCCUAUGGGCACCAGCCCUAGACAGUAAUUUUAUGUAUUUGAUUCAAAACAGCCCUUGGCCUGCUGUACUGCACUAGAAAAGCUUUCUGCCCCUCCCAGCAUGCAGCCCCCCUCCAGUUCAGGUAACAGUGGGGACCACUGAGCACAUGCCACCUGAUGCUGGGGUCCUCCAGCAUCUGCCUUGAGCCAUCUCAAGGUACCAAAAUUACUGUCUAUACACAGUGGUAAUCCAGCCCAGCCUUGCUCUGUGCUGAGGCCCCUGUAGAGCCUCUUCUUCCAAGCCCCCUGUAGAGAAGCAGUCUGUGUCCCCCCUGCCCCACAAAUGAGGGCUUCCUGUGGUGGGACAAGUCUCCUUUCUUACUGCAACAAACAACAACACUUGUUAGCUCAGGCUUGCUGUCCAUGUCUCAGGACAAAGAUUAACCACCCCAUGUGGUGGACUUGAGCCCCUACAAACCAAGGAGCAAGGCAAAUUUCCAUGCAGCAGAGGCAGAGCUCAGCUUGCUGAGGCCCUCCUGCUCAUCACCCAGCCACUACCCACAGGCACAGUUUUUAUUGUGCCACCGUCCUUCACUCAUGAGUCUGGGGAAGAUUAAACAUUUUCUGCUGAAUUUCCACCGUUAUCAAGUCCUACAGAUGCUCCAGCUCCACCCCUCAACCCAACCCUGCCUCUACAUUCCAGAACGAACUAAUUGCUUUAACUGGAGGGUCAAGGCUUUCCUGCCCUUGUUUAAAAUGGGCACAGCUUAAGUAAAGUUAAGUUGCAAUGGCUUGGGAUGUCUAUCCACUCUUAGAGCUCCUAAACCUUGCAGGAUGUGGAAGACUCUCCCUGCACCUCCUGACCUCUUUGUUGAGGUGGGAUUUAUUUCCUCUCCUUUACUUCUGACUCAGAAGAGAUUCUACAGAUGACAGCAGGGUGAGACCUGCAUACAGUUCAGCCUUGUUGCUCCAUUUUCUUGAGAGAAAUUGCCAUUGCAAUCCAUGGCACUGUCAUCCCCAGGAGUGUGUACCCCUCUACCCCAGCCCACAAGGCUCCUUACUUACAGAAAUCUGAGAUUCUGGCAGAUGAGCUUCUUUGCAGAGAUACUUUGAAAUGAGGAGAGUUUCUGAGUCACUGUAAAAUUGCUGUGCUGGCACAGGACAGACUGCGUCCUAGUGGUGCAAAUGUGUCCCAGGUUGCUAUCAAGCUUAUGUGGUAACAUUAAUGAAAGCAUUUGCAAACUAGUGGCUUUGUGACUCCCAGGGAUGUAGCGAACUGGAUUUCCCCUUGCUCUGUGUAAUGCUGAGAUAUUUCCCUCGCCUCUUGCCUUCAGCUCCAGCCCUGUACAUUGCCCUGGCCUUUUGCUGCAGUAAGAGCUGUGAUUAGGUACCCCUUGGCUGAACUCCCCCUGUACAAAUGAGAAUGAACCGAUGCCUGUUGUGUCUUCAUUCGUUUGCCCCCUGUUGCUUCCUUCAUCUUCUGAGCUCUUGAGAAAAACAUGCUCAUGCAGGGAGCCUUGCAGGAGACCUGCUUGUCUUGCUCUUAAUCAGGAAACAUGCACUUCUUUCAGCAGCUCAAGAGAGCAAUAGGUGGCAAUAAUACCUCUUACAUUACAGUCACUACGUUAGCAAGGAAGAAAAUGUUAUUUAUUUUUUCCCUGACAUUUGUCCUACUUCUUUUUUCCAUAAUGCAUUAAGCAUUAGGAGGCACAGCUCUGCACGUAGUCCAGCUCUCAAGGCUACCUGUUGAGGACAUUGUUCAGCAAUUCAGCACAGUUUUAUUUGUGGAUGAAGGGCAGAAGUUGGUGAAUUCUCCUACAAUUCCUAGCUGGAAGAACACAGACAUGCUAGUAAAACCCACAAAAUGCAGAGUCUGGUAAAUUGCAGCCCUCUAUAUCCUGGGUCUCUGUGCUAAGGAGAACUGGCACGAGGUUGUAAAAUCCGAACCAUGAACUUCCUGAAGCCCACUGAGCAGUGAUGGCAUCUUUACACCUACUGCUGUCCCUCAGCUGUCUGAAGAGGUCUCUGGUAUACCUGGUGUUCACCAGGUGUGAACACCACAGCUAAUAAAGCAAGAAGAGGACACAGAGGAUACUACGUUCUACCUCCCACCCCAAAAACAAGCCCCUGGGAUAUUCCCAGCAAAAAGCAGUCAGACUGCCAGGAGCAAAGCAGUCACUGGGAAACCUCACACAUCUCAGAGACAGGGGGUUCCUCAUGGUACUCUCUCGCUGCUGCUCCCCACAUCACUGCCGUGAGGGAAGAGGCACUCACAGCCCAGCACCCUGCCAGGCAGAGCCAGAGGAGAGACCUGAGCUCCCCAUGCUUGUUCGUGGGAGCAUCAGCCCUGGUUUCAGCCAGGGAGGCCUGCAGGGAGUGGCCGUGAUAUUUUGAAAGAGAGGGAAAUUAGAUGGGAAUUAGUCAAAAAAUUACAGUAGCAGCAAUUUAGAUCCAUUACUAAUUUUCUGCAUUAAUGAAGAGGCCUAAUUAUCUCAACGCUUGAGUGACCACUCCAGUUCUCAAAGUCAUUUCUGCACACUUGAACAACUGCUCCUCCUUCUAGAUUAAAAAUCAGGCUGUUGUUGUGAGCUUGGAGAGAACACGGGAACACAUCUUUCCUGGCAGAGAUGUAAUCCACGUCUGAAGCUUCUUCCACUGCCCCACUCAGUAGUGGAGGGAUGCUCGGGCAGGGAGCUGGCAGCUGCCUGCACAGCCUGUCCCAGGGUUGCUGGACACUCCCCAUGGCUGAGGCAGCAAGGAUCCCCUGGAACGGCAGGGUGCAAGAGAGAAAGAGCUCAAAAUGGCUCUCUGGGUCUAAGAAGGGAAGGGAACAGCUGGUGGUUGGAUGCAUCCCAGGAGGCGAGACAAGGCAGGCAGCAGAUGAGCGGCCCUGCAGCACAGGUGACUCCCCCCCCACAGGCACAGCAUGCCAGGGUGGGGGUGGCACUGCCAAGGCAAGUUGUCUUCUGGUAUUUUGGAUGUAAUGGCUCUAGCUUUCCUGCUCCCCUCUGACAGCCACCACUGUCGCCCCGCUCAGCAGCCCGAGGGGAGCUCCCCAUCACCCCAGGAGGAGCACGGGGGAGGCAGGCAGGGAGAAGGCUGCAACCACCCAUCCUGAUGCACCCAAAGCACCAGUCAGCCCAGCCAUUGUCAUCAUCCUGUGUUACCCAUCAUCCUGUGUGUCCUCCACCUCACAGCCACAGGGUACUCUAGGGCAGAUAGACGUCUUGUGCAAACCUUGACACAGAGAGAGAGAGAGAGAGAGAGAAAGAAAGAUCUCAGCAGCCCAACUGGCCCCCUGGUCCCCACACCAGGGACAGAGCAGGCAGACCCCAGCUGGACAGAGCCAAAUUUUUUCAAAGCAGGGCUGAAAGAAGAGUUUUCAGAAGAACUGGUUUGCCUGGUGACAGGAACCAGAGCAUUGGUCAUAAAUUCAACUCCACCUUCCUUCUGCCACCUGUGCCAUGCUUGGUGCCACGAGCUGGCACUGCCCCAGCAAUGCAGAGCCCCUGUGCUGGUGGGUCAAAGCUGGGUCAUCCCCAGGCUCAGCAGCUGGAGCCUCUCAAUCUCUCUGUCUCUGUCACGGUUCCUCACAAAUUCAAUGUCACAAUGCAGCUACACUUAUAUGAAAAGCCAUAAUAUUUGUUGGUAUGACUCUUUUAUUACUGUCAAUUUAUAUAUAUAUUUGUUGAUAAAAGAAGUCAUCUUGGGAGACACUUCUAGUCUACUAGGAAAUAAUUGUCCGAUGCUGUAUAUUCUGUACAUGCUGUAUAAACAAAGCGAAACAUUUAAAUCUAAGUGUUUGGUGGGCUCGGUGGGAUGUGCUGCAGGGGGAGAUUGGGACCAGGCAAGCCCCCUUCUUGGGCCACCAUGGCUCAGGUUUGGGCUUCCUGGCAGAGUCACCAUCCUGCUGGGGUCCUACAGACAGCCUGGGGCAGGAUCUGGCCACGGUGCAAGGGCGAAGCCUGCGGCUCCCUCGGUGCUUUUUCCCAUGCAAAGGUGAAAGGAGGCAACUCUGCGAGUGGAAGCUGCCGCACUUGAGCUCCCUCCUGGGGCACAGCACGGGACCGGGGAACGGCUUGGUUUGUCAGGAACCCUCAGCACAGUGAGCCCGGUGUCACCCACCUGCUCCCCAGUUCUCCUGCCCAGGGAGGACACCCUUCAGCCACCACCCAGCACGACAUCUCUAAGCCUUAGGGGUCAGAGAGAGACAAUUCCCCAUGGGAAGAUGGCCGGUGAUGGCAGAGACUGGCUCAGAGCAUCCAGCUCCUCCAACUCCUUCCCACGCUAAUCCCGUGCCACGGCGCCAGCCACCCUCCCUGGUGUGUUUUACAGCAGCCACGAGCUGUUGUGAUCUUCUAACCUGACACACGCUGUUAGAAAACCUGUUUCAUAUUUUCCGUGGUAUCAAUCUACAACUUUUGAAAUUAUUGGACACAGUCGUGGUAGCCUAAAAGUUGUGCUGAGCUCAUAUAUUUUUAUAUUUGUGGUGUUUUCCUAUUAAUAGAGAGUAGUGAACCAGUGACCCUAUAGUUGAAAGUGAUCUAUUCAAAAUAAAUAUAUGACUGCAGAAAAUAUUUGUAAAAAUAAUUUAUUUGAAAUAUUCUGCCAAAGAUAGCUCUCUAAUGAUCUGUAAAAUGUCAUUUCUCUCUUUUUGCUCUGAAUGUCAUUGUGAAAGGACCUUUCUCCCCACAUCUUUUGAAGAUUUUUUGGUUUUUUUGUAUCUUUAAGGGCAAAGAAACAUGCCAAUGAUUUUUUUACUAGAGGAGUAAAUAGAGUAGUAGGGAGGCACAAGACAACUUUGUAAAGGUGAUAAAAAGGACCCAUAACAAUCACUCUGAAAAUCCAGUUUCUCCCAUAGUUACUCUGGCUGACAGAUGGGUUUUGAAGCCUGGGACAGUUGUCCAGCAGGAAGGUCUUGGCUGCUGCUACUGUGGCUGCUGUGUAGAUCACCUGAAGGAGAGACAUCUCCCAAGAAUCCAUUUGCAGGCUUGGAGCAUUUGGAUUCCAUCACAUCCAAACUUCAGCUUCUUCAUUAUUUAUGGGCUUGAUAUCCUUGUUGGCCCUUAAUAGGCCUUGUGGCACAUGGAGAACCCUCACCCAAGGCUUCAGCCUGACGAAGUCUGGCCCCUUCCAAAGCCAUUCCCACAACACACCUGGCAUCUGCCAGCAGCCCUGAACCAGUGGCAGAAGCAAUCCUGCUGACAUCCAGAUCUGUCCCCUUCCUCACAGGGGGAUGGGACAAGGGAGACUCAGCGACCAUGGGACAUGACACCUUAGCAAGAGGAUCCAUCCCUGCAGGUAUCCAGUUAAAACAGGGGGAUGUACAGCCCUUCACCUGGGAGAAGCUGCCUAGAUUAGUCUUUUCAGAAAUUACUAAUCUUUUUUAUUAUAGAGAAAAAUCUUCUUUUCCUUCUUCAUCUCUUCCUUUUGAAAGAACUUUUCAAUACUAGAAAAAGUCUUCAUUAUCCCAUGUGAUCCCCAAGUCUGUUGCAGUGGAAAUAUCAGCCACAUUAGGUACCACCAUAUCAAAGAGAUUUUUGGCUCAGAUUUUUUUCAUUGCUGAGCAGAUUCACAGUUUCUUGAAUGUCUUGGUCAUAAAGGUCUGGAGGAAUUAGUUGGUAAUAAAGGAAUGAAAGGCCCGUUCCAGUGAAUGUGUUUCCACAUGCAAUUCAACUUUUGACUCCCCAAAGGUCUGGCACGUGUGUAAGUGCUUUUUAUUGGGCAGGUGCCCAGAAUCAGAGAUGGGAAAAGCAGUUUUUCAAGCCAUGGGGUGCAUAUGGGUGUGAUGGGAGCACUGAUGUCCAUCAGGUGUGGGUGGCACACUCUGCAGCAGCGGAAUCCACGUGCCAGUGAAUCUUUGUUCCUCUCUGCAAGGAACUCUCUGAAUCUGGGGUUGCACAGCUGCUGCAUCACAGGGCAAUGCGAGCAAGCCAGGGAAGACAAUAGUGAGAAGAAUUGGGUUUCUGAUCACUGUGCAUUUUGUUAAUUAGCGAAUUCAAAUAGUUUUAUUUUUACCAAAAACAGAUAAUCUUUAUUCCAGUAAAGACAACUGUUGACUUCAGAUAUAUAUAUAAAUAUAUAUAUAUAUAUAAUUUGAAUGGUUUAUAUCCUGUUGCUCUAACUACAUAAAAUGGAAACAUGUUGCAAGUUGUGUCAUUCCAAUGUACAAAAUAAAUUACUUUUCCCUGCAUGCUGCCUGGGUAUGUUGUGAUUUGAAUUAAGAGUUAUAUUUGAACUGCCUUAUUCAAGAGGUUGUAUGUUACCUAACUGGGGAAUGACCUGGCACUGUUCAUCACAUUACAUUUGUAUUUGAUGCUGUGUUAUGUCAAAUUCAGAUGAGUUGUCUGUCAUCUAUGUAUUCUGUGGGAGACCUUUUAUCUUGUUAAACUGUGAUAUGUAAACCUUCAUUGCCUGAAAUAGUCACAGUUGUAUAAAUCAGUGUCUUCAGCUGUUUUCCUAAUUUUAUCACAAUUCCUAACACAAAAUAUAGAUGUUUGUAAAUUCUCCAUUCA